CUGAUUUGUUUAGAGCGCGACUGGAAGUUGCGACAGUGUCGCAAACCUGGUCCGGUUUCCUGCUGAGUGUUCCAUGGAAACACGCUCACGCCUGACGUGCUGUUUAUACGCCUGGGGAGCCAACAGCUACGGUCAGCUGGGUCAGAACCAUGUGGAGGACCAGUGUGUACCGAGGCUGUGCGACAGCUCGGCUCUGCAGGACAGGACGGUCCGGGCUGUGGGCGGAGGAGGGGGACACUCCGUGCUCCUCACCGAGAAUGGAGAGGUGUUUGUGUGUGGACAGAAUCACAAAGGCCAGCUGGGACUUGGUCACAAUACUGAUGUCUUAACUGUUCAGCUCUGCCCCGUCUUGAAUCACAAAGUCGCAAAUGUAGCCUGCGGCUGGGAUUUUACUCUUCUCCUCACUGACUCGGGCCGACUACUGGCAUGUGGUUCUAACGCAUUUGGACAGCUGGGUGUUGGGCAGACAGUCAAACACACUGCUGAGCUGUUAGCUGUUGAGGCUCUGAAGGAGCCAGUAGUGAGUGUAGCAGCAGGACUAAGACACUCACUCACAGUGGGGGCUUCAGGCUCUGUGUAUCAGUGGGGAACCGGUCUUUUCAGCCAUGCUAAGAGAGCGCUCAGUCCCCACCCUGUUCCAUCACAUCUGAAGUCCCAGGUUCCCUGCCUGGUACCAGGUCUCGGUCAGAGGAAAUCACACCUUGUAUCGGCGGGUUCAGCACACUGUGUUUGCCUAACAGAGGAAGGUGAGUUAUUCCUGUGGGGAAGCAGUAAACAUGGCCAGCUGGCUACAGCCGAGCCCUUUCUGCCCUCUCCCAGCCUGCUGAAUCGAUCUCUGCUGAAGGGAGAGAAAGUAACGAACGUAUGCAGCGGCUGGACGCACGUCGUUGCUCAAACAGAGAGUGGCAGAGUGUUCACGUGGGGCAGAGGAGAUUAUGGACAGCUUGGUCGACCGGCCUCAGUCAGCGAGGAUGCAGAGAAGCUUUGUCCUGGUCCAGUAGUGCAGGGAAUCAGGAAGGACUGCCUCCCUGGGGAAGUUACAUCCCUUGAUGGAGCAACACAGAUUGCAUGUGGAUCUGAACACAACCUUGCCGUCGUAGGGGGGCGCCUCCUGUCGUGGGGCUGGAACGAGCACGGGAUGUGUGGCGACGGUUCGCAGGCUGACGUCUUUCAUCCUCGGCUCGUUUCUGAUCUCAGACCUGUUCUCAUUGGCUGUGGUGCUGGACAUUCAAUGGCAGUGUGUGGUGUGACAACAGGCUUAACGCAGAACUCUGACUCUUCUUGAGAAGCGCUGGAGAACAAGCAAAGUUCCCUUUCGCUGCGCAAUUACUUUUUAAAAGGCCACCCCUGCCACUUGAAAAGGUCACAUUUCAGACUGAAAGUUUUCAUUAUUGGUGUAAUUAAACACAGCUAUGUGCUGUGUGGAAGAGGCCAUAAUUUCUCAGGCUGGCUUGUGUCAUGGAUGGUGCUUAACGUGGAAAUGGCAGUGCCUAUGUUAGUCUGUCAUGUCCAAACUACAGUAAAUUGUGAGGGGAACUGACUAUUCUGCUGCUAAAACAUAUUCUCCCCAUGUAAUUGGUUUUAUCGCGGUUAUCUUGUCAGCUUGUACAGAUUUUAGUUUUUCUUUGAGGUCUGACCUUCCAUUCUAAUAUUUACCCUUUCUGAUUUUUCUCUUGUUUUUUUCUAAGGACUGCAACCAGAGUUUCCACAGUCUUAAAAAUUCAUAAGUGGUCUUAAAUUGAUUAAUCACAAUGUUAUGCCCUAAAAGAAUAAAACAAACCCGAUUUUCUAUA